GGGGCACAUUCCUUCAGUCUGCACACAAACACACGUGUGAUACUGGGUCAGUGGGGACAAGAGGCGCAGCUCCUCGCUUCUCGAAUAUAAUCAGAAGUGCCAUGACCUAACCGAGGACUUAAACGAAACUGGAAAUUGUUCAAAUGGGGAAUUCAGGGGUGUGUUGUGGCAAUCUGGAGGAGCACAAGGGGCUGAUGAAGAUGGGUCUUUGUAUGGUGUUAGUAGGGCAUGUGAACUUCCUGCUGGCCGCUUUGGUCCAUGGUGUGGUGCUGAGACACUUCAGCCUCCAGCGGGGACAGGCCAUGGAAAGCGCCAUCUCGAACGUCAUUGCCCUGGCAGCGGGCCUGCUGGGUGUCAUUAUUGGUAUAUUGAUUAUUGUUCUGUCCAAAAACUGGAAGAACCGUGUGCUGACCUGGUCACUGUUCAUGUCAAGUGCUGUAGCUGUUCUAGUGGCUGCCGCUUCAGUCAUUGGCCUCACGGUGUCCUUGGUAAAGACCAUCAUUCAUGGCGACAAGAGAUUACUCAUUUACUGCGGCUACAGUGAUGGCAGGAGUCACCUAACCAUUGCCAAUGACUGUCCUUUUGACCCCACACGGAUUUUUAGCACCACGAUAGUCCUGUGGGUCCCACUGAUACUGAUGAGUGCAGUGGAGAUGGUGUUCUCAUGUCGCUUAUUUAAGGUCUCCAUCUCCUACCUCGGUCUGCCCUGGUGCCUCCGCAAACAACAUUUACCAGAUGAGAGCACACCGAUGAAAACCCUGGGAGCGGCCGAGCCCCGCUACUCACCCCCGUCCCGUCGUUGCCAAGGAGACGAGGCACGGAAACUGUCCGCUAUUAGACCUCCAGAGAUGCACGGGCCACCGCCUCGCUCCGCGUCCUCCGGUCGGCGCGGCCAUCGACCCUCCGCGUCCCCGUUUAGCCGCGCGGCGCUGGAGAGAUCCAGUAUCUGGAUCUGAUGAUCGGCCGGACCGCGGCACCAAGUCAAAUUUUAUACAUUAAAUAUAGGCUACGUAUUAAAAAACUGACGGUCAAAAAGUGUGAUGUCAACAUUGCUUUUCUACUUUAAUUAAAGAGGGAGACCAGCUAAAACUAGCCAACCGGCCUAGGCUAUGAGGGAUAUUAACAGUUCAUAUGAAUUUCACAUAUUUUUAAUACGCAUUUUUAUUUCUUUAUAUCAUAUAUCAUAUUUAUAUUUAAACAAAAAAAUUAAAUCAAGUUAUUUUCAAUUUAAAAGGCACUCUCGAUCUCUGUUGCAUUCUGGGAAAUUAAGUGUUUGUCCCCCUUGAUUUGCAUGAACUAAUUGAUUAAAUAUGAUUGUAUAUCUAUUUACCAUGCUAUUAUUAUUACUAUUAUUAUUAACUAAACAAUUAACGUUUUUGUUUAUUGAAAAAUGUAAGUUCAUAAAAAUGACAAAAUGUAACUAAUUUAAAAUGAAAACAUGAUAAAUUGAAAAUAUUAAUAAAAAAUAUUAAUUACUAAACAUAAUACUUUACAACUAAUACUAUGUACAGCAUUAAACAAUGUCAACAUUGCUUUUCUAUCCUUAAAAUUAGAUCAGUUUCAGAAUUUAUAUUUGAAUUACAUUAAUUUCUUUAAAUGCAAUUUCCGUUUAAUUAUUUUAGUUUCCUUGCAUUCUAUUCAGUUGAAUUUAAACCAAAAUCAGGAAUUGUAUUGGAGUUUUGAAAACGUUCUUAAUUCGACUCUGAAUGUAGCACGCUUUGUGAUCAUGUGACAAGAUUGAUCAAUACGUUAGUGACACAUUAAGUGUAUGUUAUGUACAGGAUAGUGUUGUGUAAGAAUCACUCUCAGGCGACAUUCUAAACACAGAAGUAUAUUUUUCAACGUCAGUAAAAGGGGACAAUCAUCAUGUCCUCGCAUGAGGUUUUCAUGCAACAUAAUAGAGGAAAGUUGCCAUAGAGGGUGCAGCAUCAAAUAUGGUCUCGGUACAAAUAUGGAAGCGACAUGGAUGCCAGCAACGUGAGAGAGCUACACAUGUUUUGAGAGUGGGCAUGUAUGGGGUUCACGAGCUAAUACUGUAUGUUACAAAAGCAGGAGCACCUGGACAAUUCAGGUCAUGGAAUGUCAGUCGUUGCAUAAAACGAAAAAAGAAAAACUAAAGCAGUGGCCUUCUCCUUACACCUGUUCAUUCAAGAGUGGAAAUAAGCCCUUAGUGAUCGCUUUCGGUAUUCAAACUCUUUAUCUAAAGGUGAGACAUGAUUAUAAAUUAUAGCAUUGUACAUUCCUGUCUAUGUUGUUGAUGGAAACCUAAGAUUGUGGUUUUUGAGUACCAUAUGAUGCAGAAUAAAGGUGUCACGAGUUUGCUGCUUCAAA